GACUCAGUCAUCCGGACUUUGAAAGUGUCUUGACGAUGACUCGCCGCUGCUCCUUUUUUUUCUCUUUCUUUUCCCAACAUUUGUCUUUUCCGACGCUCUCCAUGUUUGAGCCGACGCGUUGAUUGAGUUGGAAGGAAGGAAGGAUGCGGAUGAAGUUGUCAAGUAAUGAGCGAGGAUGCUGAGGCUUUGUUGGGAGGACGACGAGGCUUUUGCUGCUUUGUCUUCUCCUGCUCCUCUGCGGACAGCCGUGACAGGCAUUGUGGCGUGUCAGUGUUGGACUGCCACCAUGGGCAGCAGCGGUGGACCGGGAGCAUGAGCCCGUGCGGCAAGGGUGACACCAGCGGUCAAGCAGGAGGAGGGAGCGAUAAUGGCGGGCGCUCCGAUGACCGCUCACGUGAGAGAGAAGAGAGUCAGCUGACCCCCUGCAUUAGGAAGGUCACAUCCCCGACCUGGCAGCAUGAUGGAGAAGGAGGUGAUGGCGGAUCAUCCUCCAGAUCUUCCAGUCCACGGCCUCCUAGGGCCUCUCUUCCGUGUUCAAAUGUAGAAGGAGCGGUAUUUGCAGGACCCCUAUCCCAAACCCCGAGUCACGCAAGAGGGAACCUCCAUCCCGAGACCCUUGGUCAAAGACCAUGUGAUACAGUGGUUGUGUAUGACCUCAGUAGUAACGAGUUUCAUCAUCGCGGUGGAGCCCGAGGAGGAGAGUGCUUGACGCUUGUCGUGGACGAUACAAGAUUUGUGGUGGACUCCGCCAUCUUUACAGCCCAACCCGACACCAUGCUGGGAAGGAUGUUUAGCUCCGGGUGGGACAACAAAUUCACAAGGCCCAAUGAAAAAGGAGAGUUUGAAGUGGCGGAUGGCAUCAGCUCCUCUGUCUUCAGAGCCAUUCUGGAUUACUACAAAUCAGGGAUAAUCCGCUGCCCUGACGGCGUUUCCAUUCCCGAGCUGAGGGAGGCAUGUGACUACCUGUGUAUCUCCUUCAACUGCAGCACCAUCAAGUGCACAGACCUCGGCGCCCUGAUGCACGAGCUGUCCAAUGACGGGGCCCGACGUCAGUUUGAGUGCUACCUGGAGGAGAUGCUGCUGCCGCUGAUGGUGGCCAGUGCACAGAACGGCGAGAGGGAGUGUCACCUGGUGGUGCUGACUGAUGACGACGUGCUGGACUGGGAUGAAGAGUAUCCUCCGCAGAUGGGAGAGGAGAACUCACAAAUCAUCUACAGCACCAAACUCUACCGCUUCUUCAAAUACAUUGAGAACAGAGAUGUGGCCAAGUCUGUGUUGAAAGACCGAGGACUGAAGAAGAUCCGACUGGGCAUAGAAGGCUACCCAACCUACAAAGAGAAGGUGAAGCGGCGUCCUGGAAGUCGCCCGGAGGUGAUCUACAACUACGUCCAGCGUCCUUUCAUUUGCAUGUCCUGGGAGAAGGAGGAGGGGAAAAGUCGUCAUGUGGACUUCCAGUGCGUCAAGUCCAAGUCCACCAGCAACCUGGCCUCCGCAGACAUCCCCCGGGACCAGCUGGUGAUUCUCCAACCUACGGGCCCGCAGGCGGACGAGCUGGACACGCCCUCUCUGGAUGUCUCACACGACUGGCACCCGCCGCCUGGGUCAGGCCAGGUGGCGAAGGCCCAGCAGGUCCAUCAGGGUCUGGACACAAUCCUUCCUCACCGGUCUGAGGAGAUCCAAAGUCCGACACCAAGCAAUCGCACUCAGGCACUUUACCGCCACCAGCCGCACCCCGAGCCCCCGUCCCUGUCCGCUUUUGCCACGUCAGCACUUUGAGGCUUUGGAGAGUGGAGAACCGACUGACCUUUGACCUGCAACUAAAACACCACUUUGCCUUUUUGUGCUUUAAAGGGAACUCGUUUGCUUUUAUUCAGCACACCAAAGUCGUGUGUUCACUGGAAGAGUCAACGCCUCUUCACCAGCCACCCAAUGGUGUUACGUCUGAUCACUAGGUGGCGCUGUCCACCUGACUGGAAGCACACUGGCAUUGCGCCCUCCAUUUUACACUUACUGGACAUAUUGUACUCCUUUUUUUUUCAAACAUGUGACGAUGAUAUUGAAGAAAUAUUAAAUGCAAACACAUGCUGACGUCA